AUGGUUUUUUCGUAUGAGCACUAUAUGAAUUUGCUUUUCCAUUUGGAUCACAGUAAAGAGACGGUGCCUCCAGAAAUUGCGAAGAGAAUAGUUUCCAAUGCCAUAGCUCCAGUGAUAACAGUAACUUCAACCCCACUUUUUGACAAACAUAUCCAAGAGGCAUAUAGUGUUGACUCUCUGUACAUGCUGUUACGAUUCUUUGGUGGAUGUGUUUCUGAUAGAGAUCAAGCAAAUGAAGGAAAGGUUGAACAGGAUGAAGAAAAUGCAAGUGCCUCGAUAAAGUCGUCUUCAAAAAACCAAAAUUUAGAAGUGCCUGGUGUGUUAAAAAGGGGAAACCGCAGUAGAUCAAACAGUCUCUUUCAGAGAGAUUCAACCCAAUCGCAAUAUGUCAGGUUUACAAGACCGUUGGGGGAUCUGAUCGAAACAAGAGAUACAAAUGACAUGCUGUUUAAUUAUCAUUCUUUGGAAGUAUUUCUAGAUAACUAUCUAAAAUUAGUAGCAAGGAACACUGAUGAAGAAGUCCCCCAUGAUCUUUUAAAAAAGUCGAUUUAUCAUAGUUUUUUUUCGUUAGCAAUUUCCUCCACAAAUAACUUAUCGCCUUACGAAACCUUUAAUCAUCCGAUUCUUUCUUUGAUUGCUUUAGAUAUAUCACGUGGAGAAGUAUAUGAGGACGCAAGGGAUCUUUUAGUGAAUUUCAAAAAUCUCAAUCACAAUACCGAAAACUUUCCUAUUUUCAUGAAUACGAAUGAAAUGCUUCCAGUUUUUUUACUAUGCUAUAAUGACGAAUCUCAAGAAGAGUUUGAAAAGUGUCAGGCUUUGGCCAAAAAACUUAAAAAGCAGCUGUUUGUGGAGAGUAUUUUAUUGCCUCUCUGGAAGGAUUCUUUCGUUGGCGCUGAAAACUCAAAUAUACAAUUGCAUCAACCAGUUAUGUCAUCGCUUGAAGAAAUCCUCUUUUUUCUACGGGCUCCAACUCAAACAAAACUUUCACUACCUUUGAUAAAUACAAUCUACGAUAUGCUUGAUUAUUUGGUUUAUGAUUUAAUGAUACCAUUUAUGAAGAGGAAAAUUUCAUUUUGGGAAGAGACGAUUUUACAGCCAAGAAAAUCGUUGUUUAAUGGUGCAAAAUUUUUCAGAAAAUUUAUGAAUAAAGCCCCUGUCAAUGGCAAUCACCAGCACAACUCUCUGACGAGAGAUAGUCAAGGAAACGAGUAUUUUGCAUCUUCGUCUUCUGAAUUCUUAAUGAGAAAAUUAGCAGAUUGGUCUAUGAUGUUAUCCGACUUCAAAACUGCUUAUUCUACGUAUGAAUCACUUAUGGAUGAUUUGGAUGCGUUUCCCAAAUAUUUGGCUUCGUGCAUUGAGUGGUGCGCAGUAUCAUUGCUGAUGGGUGCACAAAGUAUAGUUACAGUGAAAAUGAUCAAAAAUGAUAUAAAUCCACUAAUUGAGAGAGCUUUGGCCACAUAUGAAAAUUGCUCUCAAACGCAGCGCCGUAAUAGCAAAGAGCUGACAUCUUCAAGCGUCGUGGAACCGGUACGUUCAUAUGAGACGCGUUGUAUGAUCUUGGCGUCUGAGUUGUUUUUAUCUUUAAGCGAUACGUGGACUUCUACACCUUACGCUAUUCAAUAUUUGGAAACAAUUCUAGAUGAAUGUAAGUUGGGGCCUUGCUCACAAAUAAUGGUUUGGGAAAGACUCAGUGACUGUUACAAUUUGAGAGUCGAUCCUAGAGUUAAACAUAGAGUUGGAGUUAUGAAAAAGAGCAUUAAGAAUACUGAGGAUCUCCGAAAUGAUGACGAGUAUGAUACGUGUCAUUUCACAGAAGAAGACAUAUUAUCAGAAGGGUUAACAAGAAGACGUAAAGCUGCUUUCUUUAGGUUGAUAGCGGCCAAAAAAUGGGCGGAACAAAAACAAUGGAGACAGGUAUCCUGGUGUUUAAAGGAUAUCGAAAACACGUAUUCAGAGAUCGAUUUUUUACAUGGUAACGGUUUAAUCUUGAGUAAUUUGAAAAGCCAGCUAAAUUUAAAGGAUGUCGAUUCGGCACCGACACCGACUGAAAAGAAUCCUACGAAGACGAGCAUCAAUUUCAUUGAAUGA